AUGGAUGAAUCAGUAGAUCCUGUAGAGCUGCUUCUGCGAUUGCUGAUACGACAUAAGCCCCAUCUUAAACCUUAUGCUUACAAACAGGAUAGUUGGCAAAGAGUGCUCGAUGAGUACAACAGACAGACUGGAUCAAGAUAUAGACAAUCGAGAACGUUAAAGACCAAGUUCCGUCGACUGAAGGACCUUUUUAGUGCAGAUCGAACACAGUUCUCACCUUCUCAGCUCAAGCUAAUGGGAGCGCUCUUGGACGAGGCACCAGAGCAUCCAAAACCAAGAACUAAAUUUGAUAAUGAAUCAUCUUCAUCUUCAUCCUCUUCUUCCUUCGUCAAAGGUCAUCCAGGACCUGAUCUCUUUCAACAGUUGUCAUCAGUCGAACAUAGAAAUAACCAUAGUUCUGACGAAGAGCAUUCAGGAUCUCAACCUCUGCCCUUAGAUUCAAUAACAAUUGGAAUUCCGCCUACCCUCAACACUAUCCCUAUGAUUUUGUCCAAGGAUAGCGACGUUGGGAAAGUCAUUAAGAGUCCUAAGAUAAACAAGAACACCAACAGGUUCAGUGAAACGGCGCUACCUCCACACAUUGGUAAUGAGCAAUCCUGGUCAGAUUCUAAUUUGGAGUUGGAAAUAUGUUUAGAUUAUCUUCACAACGAGCUCGAAAUGAUCAAAAAGAGGCAAGAGGAUUUUGAGUGCAAAGUCCUAAACAAGCUCAACAUUAUUGAGGCUCUUCUUUCACAGGAGCGGUCACCCAACCGAGGAGAUAAACUAUAA